UGGAGCACAGGCUUCGUUGAACGACAUGGCGCGCCACCAAUCAUUCAAAAGUGAAAAAUAAUAAGGUUUUAUUUAACCUUUUCAUAAAUAUAACAUAUUUAGUGUACCUGCACUAUCCGGUUUGACAGCGAAGCAUUGGUAAGAACACAACAAGGGAUGGAGACACUCACCCAAAGUUCUGAGGUUCGCCUGUCAGUGGGCCAGUGUUUUCGCACAUUGAGCAUGUCCUCGGCCCAGGACGACGUUAUCGGUGCUCUCCAAACACUCAACUCUCUCUUGGACACACAGGGGCACAAUUCUGGCUCCUCUGUUCACCAGCAAGAGUUCAGACGAAGUCAUUAUACCCGGACACUCCAGUUUCUCAUCAGUCACAUCCAAGCAGACUGGCUUCACAACCUUACAGAAACCCAGUGCACUCAACUAUGGGACCGUUUAUUUAUUCAUGGUCCUCCAGAACAAGCACUUCUUGUUCUUAUGGAGGGGAUUGCACAAUUAAGCCCUAGCUCUAGCCUGGACCACUUGCUGAGCAUCACUGAGACCUUUCUUCAAAGUGGCCGGCUCACUGACCUACUGUGGUCCUAUUGUUUAGGGACUGGCCCCGCUGACUCCCCACAAUUCAGAGAGGCGCUGCUCGGACGUAUAGCAGCCCUUCCAGACCACAUGGCCAACAAAUUACAACUUAACAACAGGACAUUGUUUCUUCCACAGAAUUAUUACCCAUUAUUGGCUCGAGAGAUUCUCACAGCUCUGGAGAGGACCUGUCAGGCACUAAAAGGUGGUUCUGACUGUUCUUUGACAUUUGUUGCCCAGACCCUUGGAAAAGUUUGUAUCCAGGGCCACAGUGGUUUAGUGAUGGCAGUGCUGGCUCCACAGUUGUCAAAACACACUCGUACUGAUAUGGUGUGGCAAAGGGUUUGUUGGAAACUCACUGAAAACGUGCCACACCGUUGGACUGACAGUGUGCUUCCUCAGCUGGUGCAGGCUGUUCCCGGACCUGGUGCUUUGGGCAGAAUCAUUGGAAAUCUGGUUGUGUCAAAUAAAAAGGCCCAGUUUGUGAUAACUCAUAAAAUGUUGUUGUUACAAUACAAAUAUGAGACACAGGUCCUUAGGGUUGUCUUGGGUUACCUUGCAGCAGACAGGGAACGAAGACCGCUGCUUCUACAAGUAUUACGGUCUCUCUGUCAAGCAUGGGCCAAUCCCAGUGCCGUAAGACAUACCCCACUAGAACAACAGAUGUAUAUUAGCAAGGCACUACUUCUUAGCGUUGGUUUGCUGAAUGACUCUGAGCUGAAGGAUUUACGUUCAGAAAUGAAGACUAUUCCAAUGCGAGAAAUUACCAGGAAACUGAAGAUUUCCUACAACGAGUUGCUUCAGUGUUUGCUGGGAGGCAUGCAGAGUCACCUCGACAGCAGCAUGGUGCAGAUUCGGCGCAUAGGGAUGGUGGUGGGCGAGUGCUUGAGCUCUCGUAUGGAUAUAAAUGGGAUAAAACUCAAAUUUGAGUAUGAUGCAGAUGACGAUACACAGGAGCUCUUAUCUUUGAUGACACCCGCAACAGAAGAUGAUCAAGAUCCUGAAUAUCCUACACGAAUGGAUUCACAAGACUUGUGUGAAGAGAAAACUUCUUCUAUAGCUUCCCAAAAUGAGUGCAGCCCCCCAAAAUCAAAAGACUCUGAUUUGGAUAGUGAUGAUGAACUGACUCCAUAUGACAUGUCUUGUGACCAAAAGCUAAGCCAGUCUUCCCCACCUCGCUACUUGCGUGACUGUAUUGAGAUUUUAACUUCUUCUGAUGAUGCUGUACGGGUGGAACUCAGUUUAAAUGUGGCUGAGAAUUUGGUACGGAAAAACCCAUUUGCAACCAAAGAGAUUAGUGUCCAGAUGACCAAAGUGCUGAUUCACAUAGAAAACAAAUUCAACAUUGAUAACUUCCUAGCCCUUCGACAAGCAACAAUGGUGGCACUCACUGUUACUGACUGUAUACCUGUGAGUCAGUAUUUGAUUACAGAGUUUUAUUCCCUAAACUAUAGUCUUCGCCAGCGCCUUGAUAUUUUGGAAGUCCUUGCUCUGGCGGCUCAAGAGCUUUCAAAGUCAAUCAGUAACAAAACAGACACUUGUAUGAGUGUGGUCUCCACCUCUGAUUUGACUCUGUACCCUGGUGAUAACCCUGAGCAAUGGAGACAAGUCAUAGAAAAGCGCAUUCAAAGCAAAACUAAGCGUCUAACAAAGGGAUCCACUCACCCUCUCAAAGCUGCUCCAAACCGCUAUGCCCCAGUUGCUGGUUAUUUCUUCUUCCCUUUGCUCAGAAAUUAUGACAAGCCACAAGUGACGUUUGACCUUCUGGGCAGUGAUCACCUUAUACUGGGCAGGUUGAUCCACACUUUAGGUCUUUUCAUGCACCUUGCUCUUAAUGCUCCUGUAGCUGCACAAAUGGGAUGCGCAUUGCUGGACUUUGUGUGGACUGUUCGGUAUCACUCUGAGCAAACAGUGAGGCGAGGUGUCCUCUUUGCUGUGUGUGCAGUGUUUUUAAGCAUGCCCACUCAAAAUCUGCUGUUGGAUCUUGGUGAUCAGCUUUUUGAGACUAGAGCUUGGUUAGCAGAUGUGGCUGAAGGGGAUGCAGAUUCUGACUGCCGUAAUUUGGCAAUACAGAGCCUGGUUCUGUUGGAUAAGGGCCUUAAAAAACAGCUGCAAGAUCCUCAAGCUCUGAGUCUUGAGUCAUAACUUAGUCGGAUUUGAAUAUGUCCUCAUUGGAACUAUUUACUGAUGGAAAUGCAUGAUCCCAGAAACAGUAGGAUGUUCAAUCAUUUCCAGGUGCUGUGGAUUUUUCAUAUCCUGAAGACAGCCACCCAAAGGAAUAGCAUGACACAAAUGUUUUUCUAUGCCUAAUCCAUUACAAUAAACUAUAACAUAUUGCAUUUUGUAUAUUGUACAAAACUGAAAACCAUCACAUAUUGUAUUUUAAAUAAAAUCAUUUAUUGUUUUUAAAA